AUAAACUCCGGGAGCUAUAAUCAAUUUUUUGUUAAAGUUUUAAGAGAUUGAUGUAUAGUUUAGGAAAUUACAUAUCUUGUAUGCUACGUUACCUUUGUUAGGUUUCUUUAAUUUUUUCACUCCGUUUUAUUUUAGGAAAGAAAAGUUUCCAUGCCUUUGCAAAAUUUGUAAUUCUCUAGGAUUAGGUUACUUUAAGGCAGUUUAAGUUUCUCUAUAUAUACUCAUAACAAUAUUACAUUAAGACCAACAAAAAAAUACACAAGAAAAAAAAUAUUAGAUUGAUUCUUAUUCUUAAAAAGAAGAGAGAAAAAAAAAAAGUCUAGAACAAUGAUCGUGUACGAGGAUAUCAUUAGCGGCGACGAGCUUUUGUCCGACUCGUACCGGUGCAGCGAACUCUUCAAUGGGUGUCUUUGGGAGGUACAAGGGAAGUGGGUUGUGAAAGGCGGUCACAUUGAAGUCGACAUUGGUGCCAACCCUUCUGCCGAAGGAGGAGAUGAUGAAGAAGUUGUUGAUGAGGACGAGGCUGUCAAGGUUGUCGACAUUGUCGACAACUUUAGGCUGCAAGAACAGCCUGCCUAUGAUAAGAAACAGUUUAUUGCAUGGGUUAAGAGGUACAUCAAGAACUUGACUUCCAAGUUAGAGGGUGAUAAGGCUGAUGAGUUUAAGAAGAACGUCGAGGCAGCAACUAAGUUUCUGAUGUCGAAGCUCAAUGAUCUUCAGUUUUUCGUGGGUGAGAGUAUGCACGAUGAUGGUGCUACGGUCAUGGCUUACUACAAGGAUGGUGCUACUGACCCCACUUUCUUGUACUUCGCUCAUGGUUUGAAUGGAGUCAAGCAUUGAAGGGUGCAAGUGCAUGCUAAGGGAUUAAUUUACAAGUAGUAGUGUUUGCCAUAAUUCUAGUCUUUUAGAUUUGGUUAUUCUGUUGUUUAAGUUUUUCUUCUGCAUUAAUUUGGUUAAAUUUUGUUAUGUACUCCAUAUUAAAUUUUCUAAACGCAAUGUUUUGUUUUGUUUUUUUUUAGAAACUCCUAAACGCAAUAUAAUUCUUACUUUCUUUGCUUAUAUUGAAAUUAUGUUAUCUUGUUAUUAUCUCUAAUAGUACCAGAAUCCCCACAAUAAUAAUAUGCAAUCAGUAUAAUUGAACCAUAAAAUAUAAAUAAAAAAAAAGAAUUUGGUACUUUCUUAUCAUUUUUUUAAACAAGACUCGUGCUGAUUAUAUUGUUUAUACA